UACCGACGUUAGUUUCAUAAAUAAAAAAUCUCUUCUUCAACAUUGAAUAAUUCUGUUCUUCGAAUCAUAUAUUAUACUGUAGUUUCUUACCAAAUCGAUAUUUGUAAUCGUUCUUCGUUGCUAAUCGUUCUCUGUUUUUUUCCAAUUUUUUCCAUAUUUUUUUUUGUUUUUUUUCGUCUCAAUUUGCUUUGGUAAUACAUAUAAGGGUGUUGCUUUGUUCGAGGUUGAUUGUUUCUUCGUUCCUUGAAGGCUCAAGCUGUUCAAUUUGUUCAGAUUUCGGAUGUUAAUGAGAGGAUGAUGAAUCAAGGAAGUGCUACUAUGACCACUUUGGAUCCCAGUUCACAGGAGAAUCAUCAGGCUGUCGAUCCAAACCAACAUCACAUGUCUUCAUAUUACGCCCCUCCAAAUUCUACAGUUGCACCAUGGAGUGCUCAUGGUGCAGAUAGCUAUGCCAGGGAAAAUGGAGUUGUCUCACAUUCUGGUUAUGAUCAUGACCAACAAGCUGCGCCGCCUUCAAGGAAUGUUCAAGAUGGAUUGAAUGUUGCAACUAGUGCUACUACACCAAGUUCCGGUGCCACAAAUGUACAGCAGGAUUACAGUAGCUAUGGAACCUAUCAAAGUACUGAUCCUUAUGGAUACAACAAUACAGGAUAUGCUGCUUACUAUAAUGGCUAUCAACAACAACCUAAUCAAUCCUAUCCUCAGCCAUCAGGAGCAUAUCAAAAUACAGGUGCUCCUUAUCAGCCCCUUUCCUCAUUACAGAAUACAGGGUCUUAUGCUGGGCCUGCAAGUUAUUCAAGCACUUACUACAAUCCUGGUGAUUACCAGACAUCUGGAGGUUACACAAGUGGUGCUUACAAUAACCAGACGAACGCGUGGCAUGAAGGACAAUAUGCAACAUACACUUCCCAUCAGUAUCCAAGCUACAAUUCUGAUUCGAAUGCUGCAUACAGUUCUACCACAGCUCCUGUGGCUUCACAGUAUCAACAACAGUACAAGCAAUGGGCCGAUUAUUACAACCAUACACAAAAUGAUGUCCCCUGUGCUCCUGGAACAGAAAAUAUUUCCGUUUCUAAUGUAUCCAGUCUGAGUUGCCCUGUUCCUGCAGGAUACUCAGCUUCAGGUGUCCAGGCUCCGGCAUCUCAUGCUCCACCUGGCAAGCCAGAAUCUGGUUUGCCGGCAUUGUCUGCGGUGCAGUCUCCUGCUGUAGGUGGAAAUGUUCAUGAUAGUUACUGGAAACAUUGGGCUCCCUCUUUCCAAAAUCAGCAACCUGAUCCAGUGCAGUCUUAUGGUCAAAAGCCUUUAGACAUAACUCCUUCUCAUGAAAACCUUCAACAAAGUUCUUCAUGUCCCCAAGGACCAAGCACACAAUAUCAAGCCUCUUAUCAGAUGCCCUAUAAUUAUCAGUCAUCCUUGCCCACUGUGCAGCAAACUGUUACACCAGCAGACACAGGCAGUGCUAGCAAACUACAGAUUCCCACAAACCCUAGAAUAACUUCAACCAUGACCAUGGGAUUACCAAAGCUGGAUAUGCAAAGCUCUACAACUAAUGCAGCGGCCAGGCCUGCAUAUGUCAGCGUUUCCUUACCAAAAACUAAUGAAAAAGUAUCAUCUAAUGCUGCAGAUAAUGCUCUCAAGCCUGAUACUUUUCCUAAAUCACUUUGUGGUUAUGUUGAAAGGGCUUUGGCUCGUUGCAAGGAUGAUACUCAAAUGGUGGCAUCCCAAGCUGUCAUGAAGGAGAUUAUCACAAAGGCAACUGCUGACGGUACACUUCAUACGAGAGACUGGGACACCGAGCCUCUUUUCCCCAUGUCCAGUGUGGAUGCAGAUAAGAAGGAAAGAGUAAUAUUCUCAGCUCCAGUUUCUUCAUCUCCAAAAAGUAAAAGAAGUCCCAGUAGGCGAUACAAAAGUAGGUGGGAGCCUUUAGUAGAGGAAAAACCAACCGUCCAACCUGCAUCAGUCACUCCUGAUGCUUCUAAGUAUGGUAGUUGGAAUAGACAGUUUUCAGGUGGAAAGUCAGAUAACAAGGUGAAUAAUUCGAGUCAUGUGAAAUUUUCUUUACCACAGCGGAAAACCCCCAAAACUGAUGUCUUUAGGCCAGCUAAGAGGCAGUGUGUUGGUGAUGGAAUGGAUGCGACAGAUAAUGGUGAAGCAUCCAGUGAUAGUGAUAAGGAACGAAGUCAAUCAGCCUAUAAAUCUGCUGCAGGAGCAGCGGCAGAUACACCAGAGGAAAGAAGGAGACGUGAAAAUCGAUCAAAGCGUUUUGAGAGAGGGCAUGGAAGUCGCAUAGCUGCUAAUGAUAAUCGAUCCAGAAAUGGAGGAGCUGGAAAUGUGUAUGCAAGGAGGGCUACUGCCUUGGUGCUUAGCAAAAACAUCGAGGAAAAUGGUAACUGUGCUGUUGAAGAUAUUGAUUGGGAUGCUCUUACUGUCAAAGGAACCUGCCAGGAAAUUGAGAAACGCUACUUACGUCUUACUUCUGCACCUGACCCUGCAACGGUGAGACCAGAAGAAGUCUUAGAAAAAGCAUUAAACAUGGUUCAAACUUCUCCAAAAAACUACCUUUACAAAUGUGAUCAGUUAAAAUCAAUACGGCAAGAUCUUACGGUCCAACGCAUACGCAACGAGUUAACAGUCAAGGUGUAUGAAACACAUGGUCGGUUGGCAAUAGAAGUUGGGGACUUGUCGGAAUAUAAUCAGUGUCAGUCGCAGCUAAAAACGCUUUAUGCAGAAGGAAUCAAGGGAUGUGAUAUGGAAUUUGCUGCAUAUAAUCUACUCUGUGUUCUUUUGCACUCUAGUAACAACAGAGAUCUGCUAUUAGCGUUGUCUAGAUUACCAGCAGAGGCUAGACAGAACGAUGCUGUUAAACAUGCUCUAUCAGUUCGAGCAGCUGUGUCCACUGGAAACUAUGUUGCCUACUUCAGAUUAUACAAGACAGCUCCUAAUCUUAACACGUGUCUUAUGGAUCUAUAUGCCGAUAAAAUGCGAUAUGCGGCUGUUAGAUGUAUGUCUCGUUCAAAUCGGCCUACUGUUCCAGUCACCUACAUUGCCCAGGUUCUAGGCUUCACAAGUGUUGUAUCAACAACUGAAGAAAUCGAGGACACAGAUGGUGCUGAGGAUUGUGUGGAAUGGUUGAAAGCCCAUGGUGCAUGCCUCACUUCCGAUAAUUCUGGAGAGAUGCAGUUUGAUGCAAAGGCAUCUGUGUCAACUCUCUAUAUGCCAGAACCUGAAGAUGCUGUGUCACAUGGAGAUGCCAGUCUCGCUGUUAAUGAUUUUUUGACACGAAAUCUGGUAUAGGAACUUCAUUCACUUGUUGACUAUAGUGGGGGAUCCAAUGCUAGGACAAUGCUUCUGCUCCAGAUACAAGGGGAAAGUAAAUCCAGUCCUGGGUAUUCAUACAGGAACUCGACAAGGUUCGUUUGAUUACAACAAUACAAAAGUCGGAUAAUUGUAAAACGUGUACUGCAAGAAGCUGUUUCUACUGGUGUGGGGGAUGUAUGUGUAAUGGCUCAAUCCUGUGGUUUAAUCUCUGAUUGGGGAAUUCUUGAUUCUUUUAGAGACAGCAAUAUACAUAGAGAUAGAGGGACCAUAAUCAUAAGCAACAGCUACCUGUACUGUAGUUUGGAUCCAGAAUUGAUGUAUAUUUGCUUACCUAGCCUGCAGUUGUAAGAUAGGUGAUUCGAAAUUCGCCGAUUUUGUUGAUCCGACAUGUUAGGAUUCGACAAGCUUAAUAAUACCACUUUCUGUUUUUCAUCCUU